GUUCCUCGCCUGCAUUCUCCUUGGUGCGAGCCAUGGCCGUCUCCACCGACAUUUCCCCCUUCCUCAGCUACAUCGAGGAUGGGCUCAGAACGAUCGACUUCGACGGGUUGAUGCAAAGUUUGCUCGUACAAAACCUCGUCAAGGAGAUCGACACGAUGACCUCCGGGGCCCUGACGCUAGUAGUGGUCGGCAUCAUUCUCCUGGUGGAUCUGUUUACUAAGUCUUCCGGCCGAGGCGGAAAGAGCUUCUCCGCCAUUGCUGCGCAUGCGUGGCAAGAGAACAGAAAUCAAAGUCUGUUCAAUGCGACGGAGCCCAACGGACGGUCUCCCGACCCUGUGACCGACGUCCUGGACAUUCUGGCGGAUGCUGUACUGAAGUGGGAAGAACCACUGGAAAACGCCACGUAACGUUUGCUUUGUUUUAAACUAUGGAACAAAGCCCGGCGUUGAUUCGCUAGACUUUCAGAAGGAGGUAACACGACAUGUUAUUUCCAUUACUCUGAGUAUUGUAUAUAUUUAUGCCUGAGUGACAGAGUGUGACAGAGAAAGAGAAAAAGAGAGAAUGAGGAAGAGAUGUUGAUGCUAUAUUGAAGCUAUUUUUGUUCAUUCUUAUUCAUACAUUUGUAUUUAUAUGUGUAUUUAUUAAGGAAUAAAACUCAGUGACUGAUAUCACACCUA